AUGCAUAACAACACAUCAGGGUUUCUCCUUUUGGAAUUUUCAACAAUUUGGGAACUACAGACUUUAUUACUAAUACUGUACAUAAUGACAGUAACGGGGAACUUUUUCAUCAUCAUUGCUGUUGUUUCUGAUCACCACCUACACACCCCCAUGUACUUCUUCCUGAUGAACUUAGCUGUGCAAGACAUUGGUUCUGUUUCUGACAUUAUUCCCAAAGCUGUUUUCAAUUCUCUUACAGAUACAAGGAAAAUUUCAUAUGUUGGUUGUGUUGUCCAAGUCUUCUUGAUUCUAUUCUUCUUCGGCUCAGAUGUUUCUCUUCUUACAGUUAUGGCAUAUGAUCGGUAUGUUGCUAUUUGCAAUCCUUUGCAAUAUGAAAUAAUAAUGAACAGGAAAGCUUGUGCCAAAAUGAUUGGAAGUGUUUGGACUGCUUGCCUUCUCAAUGCUGCAUUGCACACUGUUGAAAUGUUUACUACUCCUUUCUGCUCUAAUAUUAUCAACCAAUUCUACUGUGAAAUCCCAUAUUUACUAAAGAUUACUUGCUCUGAUUCAUAUAUAACUGAAAUUGGAGUUGUAGUGUUCAGUGUUUCAUUAACAAUUGGUUGUUUUGUCUUCAUCAUAUCUUCAUACAUGCUGAUUCUUGCUGCUGUUCUAAGAAUCCCUUCUAUACAAGGGAGGAAAAAGGCGUUCUCCACUUGCAUACCACAUCUCACUGUUUUCUCCAUAUUUAUGUUUACUGGUUCCUUUGCUUAUCUAAGACACAUAUCUGAUCAUCCAUCCCAUCUUGAUUUCAUAAUUACAAUAAUGUAUUCCAUUAUCCCACCCAUGAUGAAUCCAUUAAUCUACAGCAUAAGAAACAAGAACAUCAAAGUCUCUCUUUCAAGAUUUUUUGGUCAAAAGUUAUUUCAUUUUAAAGAAGUGUGA